AUGCCAACAACACCAGUCAUUGAAAUACUAGAUGAUUCCAGCCUCCUUGAUGAUUCUCUCAUAGAAGAAAUAAUAUCAGACAAUAAUGAUAACGUUAUACAUCCGACUGAAAUCGAUGAGUCGAUAGAGAUAUCAAUUCCUUAUGUUAAUGACAAGACAGCUGAAAGCAAUAGUACAAGUUUGGGAAAUAGUCAGAAGGAAAGCAGUUUAAUCGUCACACAAACGGCCAGCCAACGAAAAAGAAUUUUGGAUGAAAUAUUGAGUGAUGAUUUGAGCAUAUCAACAGAUGAUUUUAGCUUAGAUGCUAUUCCUAAACAAACUAGUGGCCGCACCAGAGACAGUCAAAAGAACGACAGCGCUUUGUAUGAAAGUUCCCAAGAGAAAGCAUCAAUAGCAUCAUCACCUAACAGAUUGAUCAAAAAGUCUAGCUCAGAAAGACACAAAAAAUCACAAAGCAUUGAUUCAAAAGAUAUAUGUAUUAAAUCACCAACACGGAAGAUAAAUCUCGGUGUUACAGAGUCAAUGCAAACUGAUGUACUUUUUGAGGAUAACAACUUUAACAACAUAGAAUGUACACAAGAAACUGAUCUUUCGUUUUCAACAGCUACUGCUGAUACUCCAACCGUUGGCUUUAAAGAGAUCACAUUCAAACAUAAGGAGUCAACUAAUGAGGGAUUGAAUAGCCAUAACUUUAGUGACAGUAUCUUUGAGCGUCAAAGACUAAAACAAUAUAUCACUAAUAUACGGGAUAUUACUGAGACUGAAAGCCAAGAGCUCUACAACAAACUUAUACAUACUGAAAAAGGCUUAUUUAAUGCAGUAAACCAAACCCCGAGAGAUAAUUUUAAAGCACGAGAAGAUAUUAUAGUCGAUUUUAGUCCCAGCCUAUUGUCUUUUCUAGACAAACAAACAGAAAUAUUAAAAAGCAUAUUAGCACCUGCAACCAUUCAAAAAUCAAUUCAUGAUGAACUACCUAGAAUACGGUUCUUUAGGAAGUGUCAUAGCUUUUACGACCUGCAACAUGAUUUCUUCUUUCCUUCUAAUUAUAAAAUUGUAGAGGAGAAUACAACUAUUCUAUAUUUCGACAGUAAAGAAUUUUUUGUUAAAUAUAAGGAGGAUAAGCGAUCUUUAUUUGAAAAAUUAAAGGAGAUCGAACGAGAUAACUACGAGAUCAUCCUUGUACUGUAUGAUUUAGCAAAGUUUAAAAGAGAACUUGAGAAGAUUGAAGAAACUAAGUAUAGAAGUAGGGUUCAGAGUCAGAUCUAUGAUAGUCAACAAAGUAUACAACAAAAUAAAGUUACCACCCCACAAUCUGAUUAUGGCCUCAAAAAGUUUGAUGUCGAACAACGAUUAAGAUAUAUUAACCGUGAAUGGGGUCUUAAGAUCCAUAUUGUCAACAGUCAUAAUGAUUUUGUGCAUUCUUUACCCAAUCUCUGCAGCAUAAUCGGGAAACAAAGAAUGGAUCCAGCAAUAAGGUAUAUGAGAUAUGCUCACCUUAAUGUAAAAUCAGCAUCAGAUAGAAAAGAUACUCUUAAGAAAACAAUAAAUGAGAUUGGAAAAGUUCCCGAUAUCAAAGCUUCUGCAAUUUCAGAUAUAUACUCCUCAUUUCAGUCAUUACUACACGACUUCGAAGCAGGCUCUUUGAAGGCAAGUAGCGAUGGCAAUUACCUAAUGUCAGAAGCGUUAGAGAAAAGAUUACAUAAAAUAUUUACAUCUACAGAUCCAAAUGAAGCUGUAGAUUAA